CAGUGGUUCCUGCUCCACUCCAGCAUCGGCGUCUCCGCCAUGCACAUGCAGCUCCUCAAAAACAACAAGGUCGUCAUCUUCGACCGCAUGGACAUGGGACCCUCCAACCUCUCUCUCCCCAGAACCUACUGCAUUCACAGGCCCAACAAGACCCUGCUAGAUUGCACCGCUCACUCCCUCUUAUACGACGUCCCUUCCAACACCUUCCGUCCCCUCCUCGUCAAGACCGACACGUGGUGCUCCUCCGGCUCCGUCGACCCCGACGGGACUCUAAUCCAAACCGGCGGCUUCACAGAUGGGGAGCGCGUCGUCCGCACGUUUACCCCCUGCGACGACAAGGCCUGCGAGUGGCAAGAGUUUCCCGGAGGCCUCAAAGACCGCCGGUGGUACGCGUCGAACCAGGUACUCCCCGACGGGCGCGUGAUAAUCCUCGGAGGUCGCCAAGCUUACACGUACGAGUUCUUUCCAAACCACAGGCCGCCGCCGCCGACGAGUUACUACAUGAGGUUCCUGAGGGAGACGACGGACCGUUACGGCGACGAGAACAAUCUUUAUCCGUUUCUGCAUCUCUUGCCGGACGGCAAUCUUUUCGUCUUCGCUAACCGGAGGUCGAUCUUGUUCGACUAUAAAAGAAACCGGAUCGUGAAAGAGCUCCCUCUUAUUCCCGGCGCGUACAAGAGGAACUAUCCAAGUACCGGGUCUUCGGUGUUGCUUCCUCUCAGGUUGAACGGGACUCAUGGCUUGCCCGAAGCGGAGGUGAUGGUAUGCGGAGGUGCGCCGUGCGGUGCUUUUAACAUGUCGGAUAAGAAUCGGGUAUUCGUAUCCGCGGCUAAUACGUGUGGGAGGCUGAGAGUGACCGACCCGCAGCCCCGGUGGGUGAUGGAGGAGAUGCCGAUGCCUCGGGUCAUGUCCGACAUGCUACUGUUACCAACUGGUGACGUGCUCCUCAUCAACGGUGCAAUGAACGGGACAGCUGGCUGGGAGGACGCCACCAACCCGGUUUACAGCCCGGUUAUAUACCGCCCAAACGAGCCCGACCCGGAACGCAGAUUCGUGGUGCUGAAGCCGUCGAGAAUCCCCAGGAUGUACCACUCCACAGCCGUGCUGCUUCCAGAUGGCAGGAUAUUAGUGGGCGGGAGCAACCCUCACACGAGAUACAACUUCACAGCGAAACCUUUUCCAACGGAUUUGAGUUUAGAGGCGUAUCACCCGUAUUACCUGUAUCCACUUGUCUCCCCUCUGCGCCCUUCGAUCUUAUCGGUGGAGUCGUUGGGGAGUACCGUAUCGUAUGGGCAGGUGUUCUCGGUGACAUUCGUGUUGAGGGUGUUUCGGCCGGAACGGGGGAUCGAUGUGUCGCUCAUAGCGCCGCCGUUUAACACUCACUCGUCCUCAAUGAGCCAGAGGAUGGUUUUUGUGGAGGUGGUUGGACUGGAACAACUGAGCUUCUUUACUUUUAAGAUUACGGUUAUUGGGCCCCCAACUAAGACUGUGGCCCCACCCGGAUACUAUAUGCUUUUCGUCGUCCACGCUGCAAUUCCUAGCCAUGCUGUCUGGGUGAAGGUUCAGCACUGA